UUGGUUUCAAAUUUUUAUGAUGCCAUGAAAUUUAUGCGGCCACUUGGACUUGGUUAUGAGAAAUAUGAUGUGUGUCCUAAUUACUGUAUGUUGUACUAUAGGGCAGAUGCAAUGAAAAUAAAUUGUGAUUUUUGUGGAAGUUCACGAUACAAACAUAGAAAUCCAACUAGUAAAGGUUCCAAUAAGGCGGAGAAGCAACUCCGAUACUUUCCCUUGACACCAAGGCUUCAGAGACUGUUCAUGUCUCCAUAUCAUGCCAAAGAUAUGACAUGGCAUCAUUUUCAUAAUUCUGAUAAUGGGGUUAUGAUGCACCCAUCUGAUGGGGAGGCAUGGAAGGAGUUUAAUCGUGUCCACUUAAGCUUUGCAUCAGAUCCGAGAAAUAUUCGGUUAGGGUUGUGCACUGAUGGGUUUUGUCCAUUUGACAUGUCUUCAAAUACAUACUCUUGUUGGCCAGUAAUUGUGACUGUUUAUAAUUUGCCUUCGUGGAAGUGCAUGACUAGACCAUUCAUGUUUUUGACAAUGAUGAUUCCUGGGCCAAAGAAUCCGGGUAAAAAUCUUGAUGUUUUCCUAAGACCUUUGAUUGAUGAGUUAAAGAAUUUGUGGUCUGUUGGUGUUGAAACAUAUGAUGUAUACAGAAAGGAAAAUUUUCAAUUAAGGGCAGCUUUAAUGUGGACCAUUAGUGACUUUCCAGCAUAUGGCAUGUUAUCGGGGUGGAGUACUCAUGGAAAUCUGUCUUGUCCUUAUUGUAUGGAGUAUAGCAAGGCUUUUAGAUUAAAAAAUAGAGGGAAAACUACAUUUUUUGAUUGUCAUCGACGAUUCCUACCCAUGAACCACCCAUAUAGAUUUCAAUCUGAUAAGUUUUUGAAAUGA